AUGGAGUACUUGACUGGGUAUUUCUGGGGUACUACAUUCAAGCCUCUAUAUAAAGAACAAGAAGAUUGUAAGGUUGCUAUAUCUAUAUUCUCAAUGGCUGUUUUCUAUGCAAAAACCAACAAUCCUACAAUGGCCACUGCAUUGUUUUUUCUUGGGCUCCUGUUUCUUAGCAUUCCCAUAACUGGUGCGCAAUCUGUAGGGGUCUGCAAUGGACAACUUGGCAACAAUUUACCAUCUGAUCAGGAAGUUGUACAACUCUUCAAAGCCAAUGGCAUUGGAAGGAUGAGACUUUAUGGCCCAAACCAAGCAACUCUCCAGGCCCUUAGAGGAUCCAACAUAGAGCUCAUCCUUGAUGUGCCUAAUCCUGAUGUUCAAUCCCUUGGAUCCGAUGCCUCAGCUGCCACUCGAUGGGUUCAAAUUAAUGUCCGGAACUAUUUUCCAAACGUUAAAAUCCGAUACAUUGCCGUUGGGAAUGAAGUGAAUCCCCCCAAUGGUGGAUGGGCUCGGAUUGCCCAGUUCGUCGGCCCCGCCAUGCAAAAUGUCCAAAAUACCCUUAAUGCAGCCGGAUUGCAAAACCAAAUCAAGGUCUCAACGGCAACCUUCCCGGCCCUCCUUGGCAACUCCUACCCUCCAUCACAAGGCUCAUUCAGAGACAAUGUUAGGUCAUUCAUAGACCCAAUAAUCCAUAUUUUAGUUAACAAUAAUGGCCCACUACUAGCCAACAUAUACCCCUACUUCAGCUACAUUGGCAACACACAAAACAUUCAGCUUCCCUAUGCGUUGUUCACUACACCAGGGGUUGUAGUACAAGAUGGGGAAUUCGGGUACCGGAACCUUUUUGAUGCGAUAUUAGAUGCUUUUUAUUCGGCUCUAGAGAAGGCAGGUGGAGGUAAUUUGAAUAUCGUCGUGUCAGAGAGUGGUUGGCCAUCUGCGGGUGGCACUGCAGCUACACCACAAAAUGCAGGCACUUACUAUAGAAAUUUGAUUAACCAUGUGAAGGGAGGAACUCCGAAGAGGCCAGGAAGGGCUAUAGAAACUUACUUGUUUGCCAUGUUUGAUGAGAACCUAAAGGGAGGGGCAGAGUCUGAGAAACAUUUUGGCCUGUUCUCCCCUAAUAAGCAGCCUAAGUACCAACUUAGCUUCAACUAA